UGCCAAGUCAAAAGUAUGGUUAUUUUUAAACGAAAUUAACGAAUUUGAACCGAAAUACUUGGAGAAAACACUAAAUUUACGAUGAAGCCCCUUAUUAGAACUGUUGCUUUGACUGUGGGUUUUACCAUUUUUGGAUUGUCCAGCUACCUAUUUUAUUUGGUAUUUCUUAAGGAUGAGGACGACGAUUACGAACAAACCGUGUCUAAGGCUUCGAACUUCAAAACCCACGAAGUUAAGGUCCCUCGAGAUCAAGUCAAGGUUCUAAUUGGGCGAAAUGGUCAAAAUAUCAAAAGAAUUCAAGAUCAGUCGAGUACAAGGAUAAAUUUCAAGGAUAGAGAGGGUUUUGACGACAAAAUCUGCAUUAUAAGAGGUUCUUUAGAGUCUUGUAAUGUAGCUGAAAACUUAAUAAGGGAUUUUAUUAAAAGUCAACCUGUUAUGGACUGUGAAGACAUUUGGGUGCCUAUUAGUUCAGUAGGGAAAAUUAUAGGGCGUUGUGGGGAUAAAAUUGUGGAAAUUCGCAGCCAAUCCGGGGCUAAAAUCAACGUAGUGGAUGAGGAUAAAGAUUUAAAGAAUAAACAGAUAACGAUUAAAGGCACUAAGGAACAAAUAUUGGUAGCAAAAUCAUUGAUUGAGGAUAUUGUUGAACACACUAUUGAAAUGCAGACCAAAAUGAAUAACAUCCUCGCUAAACGCGAACCGAGGGGCCCCUCCAGGGUCGCACAUAACUCCAAUUCGACAGAGGCCCCAAAAAAAGAAAAACUGCCUGAAACUCAGCCCAACACGCAGUUUGAAGUUUACGUUUCUGCAGUCAAAGAUCCGUCGCAGUUUUGGGUGCAAAUUGUGGGGCCCAAAGCCUCUGAGCUUGAUAUGCUCGUCGAGGAAAUGACAGAGUAUUAUAAUAAGGAGGAAAAUAGAAAUUUGCAUUUACUCGAUGAGAUAAAGGCGGGCGAUUUGGUUGCAGGGAUAUUUCAGUAUGACAACAAAUGGUACAGAGCUGAGGUCAUUAGUGUUGACGAUAAAACUAAAUCGGCCGAUUUGUACUAUGUGGACUAUGGAGACACUGAUACAGUUGACAGCAAGGAAAUAUACGAAUUACGCACUGACUUUUUAAGCUUGAACUUCCAGGCCAUCCAAUGUCACCUAUCCAGAGUUGCUCCAGUGGGUGAAAAUUGGUCAUUAGAAGCAAUAGAUAAAUUCGAAGAAUGGACACACACAGCUCAAUGGAAAAAACUAUCAGCCAGAAUCAGUGGGUAUACCAGCACAGAAAAAUCCAGGAACAAAAGAAGCUCUUCACCCAUACCAUCAGUGGAAAUAUUCAAUGUAAACGACGGUACCGAUAUGAAUGUAGGUGAAGAAUUAAUAAAAAACGGUUAUGCAGUUCUAAAACCUGAAGCAGACUCACAUAACCUCACUAAAGAACCCCAGUUUCAAAACGAGUUGUUCACACAAUCAGCCAAAACAUCUUGGGUGUGAUUUUGAUGCCAUACAUUUCUAUAGAUCAAUGUUAAAUCAUACAUUUUCGUUUAAUAGUAGUUGAAAGUUGUAAAUAAUUACUUUUUAAUUUCAUUUUUAGUAUUUUUCAUAGGAAUUACUUUUUAAGUUUGUGAUAUUUUUAAUAAAAGUAACCAAGUUUACAAUAAACCACA